AUGACGGAGCAACCAGUGGUGUCCCAAACCACCACAAAACUGUCUCCAGCUCUCGAGGUCGAUUUUCGAGCACUCCGCGCUAUUGUGGACACCACCCUCGAACAGGACGACGACUCAGCUGCCGAAUACGACGGCGACACAGCACUGCCACGGGCUACUGAGUCUUUACCAGUCCAGGACGGCGGUACGAACCUCAGCCUAGCAUAA